ACGGCGCGGUACCAUCCCUGGCCCAUCCGCGACUACUGUCUCUACGGCGGGUGCACCCAGGACGGCCGCUUGCAUCGCCAAUUCUUCGACCAAGAGCCAGUGCCUGACCCUCUAUCGGCCGCAAAAUGUCUGCCAAAUUCUUCUGCCUUGCUGCCCUGGCGCUCGUUCUCUGCGCACAGACAGGAUACGCGAUCCAGUGCUUCGUAUGCAACAGCAACACUGACAAGGCGUGCAUGGAAGACGUACCCCCUGAGUCGCUUCAGCAGGACUGCAAAAACGCCCCCGAUGGAGCCACUUACUCUAUGUGCCGCAAAAUUGUCCAGCACAUUGAUUUCGAGGUCAAUGGACUGCCUGCUGAUCACCGCGUCAUCCGUUCCUGUGGCUAUGACACCUCCAACUACGUGGACAAAUGCUACCAGAGGGCUGGAUUUGGCGGUCGUCAAGAAGUGUGUUCUUGCACGGUAGAUUUCUGCAACUCGGCACCAGGCAUCAGCUCUAUGUCAGUGAUGUUGACGGUGGCCGUGGCCGCCUUGGCCCGUUUCUUCCUUUACUAAGGGAUCGUCGCGAGAGCUGUUCUUGUACUUGAUUCCAUUCACACACAAACAAAGAUGACCAUCUCAAGAUAUUUGAAAUAUUCUUCCACCAUCCGUCGCCAGCUCUUACGCGCCAUUCGUUUCAAAUGAAAUCCUUAUCUUUGGGGUUAUAGUUUAUGAUGCAGCUAAAAUAGAACUUGAGCUUGAGAUCUGAAGCAACAUUUACUCCGCAUCACACACAAUUCUCAGAUUUUUAUUGCGCAUGUUUAGAGAUGAAAUAUUUAGCAGGAAUUAAAACACACCCUUCCACUCUUUUUAGAGACGAGUAAUUUAAACAUAAAGACACCACUGAACGUAACUUUAGUAAGUUGAGAGAUUCCACUGUGUUAGUGUGUAAAUAAAGAUUUAAAAGUAAAAGAAGGUAUGAUUUUUUGCGAUUUUUGCCUGGUAAUAAUAUAUAUAAAAAAACGGGAUAAAUGUGCUGCUGGUGUACGCAUGUCAUAAGUAUGUUUCUUGGUGCCAAAAAUCGCAACGUUGCUUCUUUUACGCAGCUCAACGGAGGGUAAUAAAAGCUUUUUGUGAAUGUCAAGCGGGUAUAUCAGCACAUAAAUUAUGCUAAUUGAAGGACGGAGGAAGUAAAAUUUACAGAAGAGGCAUCAAGCAUCACAAACUUAGGGCUGAAUUAAAAAAAAAUGAGUUGUAGGCUUACCGUUGCUUUGGAAAAAAUGAAUAUGUUAUUGUCGUUUUCACUCUCCUCGCGAGAUGAUAUGAGAAAAUUACAUAAUAUCGUUGUACGAUAAAACUGUUCUUAAGAAGAUUUUAUCUCAAUAAAAUGAUAAAAAUAUUA